AUGGGGACCAAAUUCGACGUGACUCCAGAAAAGCAGGCCAGCGUGCCUCGCUUCUUCUACAAUCAGCUCACCGUCAAGCCCGUCAUGGUCCAGGGCGUCAGCCUUGCGGGCAAGACUGCCUUGGUUACCGGAUCCAACACGGGAGUGGGCCUGGAAACCAGCCGGCAGCUCCUCGACCUGGGACUGAGUAAGCUCAUUCUUGCAGUCCGCAGUGAAGAGAGAGGUCAGACGGCGAAGAAGAAGUUAUCUGCUGGCCGGAAUCUGUCCGACGAUACGCACCAAGAGCCUCCCCGGCUAGAUAUCGUCGUGCUGAACAUCGGUCUCGGCAAUGCGACACGAGUCUUUAACCCUAAAACGGACCAUGAUGAGAUGAUCCAGGUUAAUUAUCUCUCGACAGCCCUACUGGCAAUUCUACUGCUCCCGGUGGUUAAAGAAAAACGCGCCGCGCAAGGGGGUCCGAGUCGAAUUACGAUCGUCUCAUCGGAGGUCUCUGCGUGGACAGCCUUUAAGGAGAAGAACAGCUUUCCGCUGCUGGCAUCGCUCGACCGGAAAAUCGCUAAGGUAGACCCCCUGGAUCGGAUGAUGGUUUCUAAGCUGCUGGGACAGUUCUUCCUGUCAUAUUUGGCCUCUAUUAUCCCUCCUUCUGUGGUGGUCAUUAAUGCCGCGUCGCCGGGCUCUGUCUACGAUUCCGAGUUUAACCGUGAGCAUGAUAAGACUUUUUCCGGAGCGAUCGCGAAAGUCGUGAUGCGCCGGCUGGCUAACACCGCUGCUGUUGGAGCCCGAAUGAUCACCGAUGCAGCCGUUAAACAUGGCCAGGAGACGCAUGGCGAGUUCCUCUCCUUUCAGAAAAUUGUGCCGUUGGCACCGAUCAUUUACACUGCAGAGGGAAAGAAGAUCUCGGAACAGCUCUGGAAGGAGACUAAGGAAGAACUAGCCUUUGCAAAUGUGGAGGAGAUUCUUAAGACUAUUUCGGAGUAG